UUGUGCUUCAUUCUUAGUUGUGUGCUGAGCAUCCCUGCAUCGGCAUGCACAGUCUCUUGAGGCGCAUCCUGUUGAAGAGUACGCCCCUCUCUCUCUUCCAUACACACACACACUCAGGCUCUCCCACCCAACCUCUCCCUCAAACACACAUACACACACACGUGCUCACAGUCACACACGCGCAGUGCUGUCAGGAGCGCCGCUGCUGGACCACAGCCAUCUCGCGAAGGAGGUUCCAGCGGAGGGAAGAGAAAACCAGAGUGAGAGCGAGACAAAGGGAAGGAGGACGGUAGAAGGAGAGGAGCGAAUAGGAGCACGGGGACCGGCACAAGGAAGGAGAGACCCAGCGCUUUGUGAAGAACAGAAAGCGAGGGACAGGAGGAGGGAGGAGGAGAAAGGAAAAAAAGAGGAGGGGGAACAGGAAACGCGAUCACUUUCAGCUGCAGCGGUCCGUGUCGCAGCAUGGGCAAUGCACCAUCCCAAGCCAACGCCGGGGCCUGUUUUCCUAAGCAAGAUCCCGAGCGUGGUGGCAGUCACAUGAUCUCGACAGAUGACUUGGAGUAUCCAAGGGAGUACCGGACGCUGGGGAACAGCGCUCGGCGCUUCUCCAAUGUGGGCCUGGUGCACACAUCGGAGCAUCGCCACACUGUCAGCGCCGCCCAGAGCCUGGAGGCUCUGACCAACCUGCAUAAGGCUGACAUGGAACGCAAGAGGGAUGCCUUCAUGGACCACCUGAAGAGCAAGUACCAGCAGCAGCAGCAGCUGCAGCAUCCGCACCACAGCCCACACCACAACCCGCCAUCGCCCUCACCCUCCCAUUCCAGCAUGAGGGGCACGUCGGAGCGGUCUGCACGUGAGCAGCAACAGCCCAACUACUGGAGCUUUAAGAGCCGCAGUCCACGGCAUUCCCAGUCUACCCAGUCUGGGCUUGCCGACCAGGCCGCCAAGCUCUCCUUUGCCUCUGCUGAAUCCUUGGAGACCAUGUCAGAAGCUGACAUCCCCCUGGGGUUCAACCGGAUGAACCGCUUCCGCCAGAGCCUGCCGCUGUCCCGCUCUGCCAGCCAGAAUAAGCUACGAUCUCCAGGCGUGCUGUUCCUGCAGUACGGGGAUGAGACACGCCGGGUGCACAUCACCCACGAGCUGAGCAGCCUGGACACGCUGCACGCCCUCAUCGUCCACAUGUUCCCUCAGAAGUUGACAGCGGGUAUGCUGAAGUCACCCAACACAGCCAUCUUGAUCAAGGAUGAGGCACGUAACGUCUUCUACGAGCUGGAGGAUGUGCGGGACAUCCAGGACCGCAGCAUCAUCAAGAUUUACCGCAAAGAGCCCAUCUAUGCUUCUUACCCUGCUGCUGCACACCUUGCUAAUGGAGACCUGAGGAGGGAGAUAGUGUACUCCUCUCGCGACUCCUCUCCAACUCGCCGCCUCAACACCCUCCCCUCCUCUACGGCCUCAGGGUCUUCUGGCUCUCCCUCCCGUUCACGCCUCUCCUACAGCGGGGGCCGCCCUCCCUCCUUCUCCGGGUCCCAUCCCCAGCAUGAACAGCCCCGACACCCCCACCAUCCCCCAGCCAGCCACGCUGCCAAUGCAGGCCUGUCUCCUUCACCCAGCGCCAUCCUAGAGCGCCGUGAUGUCAAGCCUGAUGAAGAAGUGUCUGCGAAAAAUAUGGCAUUAAUGAAGAACGAGGGGCUGUAUGCAGAUCCCUACAGCUUGAUGCACGAGGGCCGCCUCAGCAUUGCUUCCACCCAGUCUUUAGCUGCCAUUGGGGACCCCUUUAGCUUCCCUGUUUCCAGUGGCCUGUACCGCCGUGGCUCUGUGCGAUCCCUCAGCACCUACUCGGCCGCUGCUCUUCAGGGCGAUCUGGAGGACUCCCUCUACAAGCCUGGAGGCUCACUCUACUCUGACACAUAUUCCUCAGCCACUCUGGGCAUGGGUUUUCGCAUGCCGCCCUCAUCCCCACAGAAAAUUCCUGACAUGCAGCUGAGGGACAGGGACUCAUAUUCUAGCUCACCCAGCAGAGCCUCACCCGUCAGGCAGACGUUUCGCAAGGACUCGUCCUCCGUGUUUGUGGAGAGCCCAAAGUCGAGGCCCAGCUCCGGUUCAGAGCCCCUUUGUCUGACAGCCGGGCCUGGGGAGGGCGGCAGGGCCACACCUGGUUUUGGUUCUUCAUUGUCUGGACAAGACUCUGACACUAGCAGGGAUCAUCGCCUGGAGCGUAUGGAGGCCAUGGAGAAGCAGAUAGCCAGCCUGACUGGCCUGGUCCAGAGUGUGCUGACCAGAGCACCAGACAGUGACAGCACAUGCGGCCUGCUGCGUCUCUGCAUGAUGGCGGGCUGCCCUCCAGACCAAGGGACGGAGUUCUCACGGCCAUUACCUUUCUCUUCCAGCGAGAAGACCGAAACCAACAGUGACGGCUCCGCCACUGGAACUGGACGGCUGAAGCAGAAAGCUCAUACACCAUCGGCACCUCUAGCUCUGAUGCCACCACCACCUUCUAACAUAAACCAGGUGAACAGCGUCGGCCGCUUGCAGAUGCAGCUCCACCUGCACGGCCUGCAGCAAAAUGCCACCGACCUGCGCAAACAGCUCACCCAGCUGCGCAAGAUACAGAUGGAGAACCAGGAUUCGGUGAAAACAUUGCUGAAACGGACAGAAGCGGAGCUGAAUGUGCGCGUUGCUGACGCCCUGAGGAAGCAGGAGGAUCCUCUGCAGAGACAGCGCCUCCUGGUGGAGGAGGAGAGACUCAAGUACCUCAAUGAGGAGGAGCUCAUCAUCCAGCAACUCCACGACCUGGAGAAGUCGGUGGAGGAGAUCCAGAAGGAAUCAUCUGUCAACCACAAGCUCGUGACGGUGCAGGAGCUGGAGGAGAAGGCCACUGUUCUGAGAAAGCUGGGAGAAACACUCACAGAACUGAAAAAUCAGUUCCCAGGCCUGCAGAGUAAGAUGCGGGUGGUGCUCAGGGUAGAAGUGGAGGCCGUCAAAUUCCUGAAAGAAGAGCCACACAGACUCGACGCCCUGUUAAAACGCUGCAAGAGUAUAACUGACACCCUCGCGACCAUGCGCAAACAAGCAAAUGAGGGGGUGUGGAAAAAGCAGGAGGACUUCUCCAGUCCUUCAUCAAAGCACAAUGAUGACUUGCGAAAGUUCGCAGACUUUGACAUUCCCACCAGCCCACCACUCACCAUCAAUGACCUCGGGGGUGGCAACAGCCUGUCCAACUGGAGCCCCCACACUAGCCUCAGCCGAGGCCACGGGAACCCGUCCGGCCCCCACAAGGACAAUUAUCCUCCUGUCCCCCACAAGGGAAAAGCCCUGGAGGAGCUGGAGCGCCGCGCUGCUGCAGAUAAAGCUUUGUCCGUAGAGGUCCGACUGGCAGCAGAGCGGGACUGGGAGGAGAAGCGGGCCAGUCUGACCCAGUACAGCGCUCAGGACAUCAACCGGCUGCUGGAGGAGACCCAGGCCGAGUUAAUGAAGGCUAUUCCUGACCUGGACUUUGCUGCCAAGCAGAUCAAGCCCAGCUCCAACCCAACGUCCUCUCAGACCCCUCAGAGUGGGACGGCAACCCCAGAGCACCGUGCCAGCAAGCCCCAGCACAAGCUUUCUGGGAAGGAGGGAGGAUCCAGGCGUGGCUCUGAUGAGCUGACAGUGCCUCGAUAUCGCACAGAGAAACCCUCCAAGUCUCCUCCUCCACCGCCACCGAGACGUAGCUUCCCAUCCUCUCCAGGCAUUACCACCCGCAGCGGAGAGCCCCUCAUUCCUGGUAAAAGUAUAAAGAAGUCUGAAUCUGAAGAGACUGAAGGCCAGAAGCCUCAUGUAAAGCUGAGGAGGACCGUGUCCGAAAACCCUCGUCCUGCAUCUACACCCCCCACACUGGCCUCUGGGGACAAGGAGGAAGGGGAGGAAGAAAAAAUUGCUGCCGAACUGGAGCUGUUUGAGAGAGCCCCGCUCAGGCUCACCCUGCCCCCUCACCAUUUCCUGCCUGUUAGCCCUCGCAACAGGAACAGCGUACCCCCAUGCAGACUGGACCUGUGGCCCUCUAAGGCCCCGGGCACUGAGGGAAGUCGCUUGUCUCCUGUCCCCCACAUCGUGUUGACAGAGUGUUUGCCAGCUUCGCCCACUGCCUCAGAGGAUCCCGUCAGAGAUUUAGCAAACGACUCUGUGGAGGAGAAUCCAUCACGAGAUUGGACAGGUCAUCGCACAGCCUACGAGGCUCAAAUGUCAAAGCAAAGGGAUUCAUUUGGAGGCUCUCUUCAGCCUGAGCGAGAGCAGCAUUGUUUUAAACAGGAUAUGGGAUUAAAACAGGAGCUUGCCCUGCUGUUGACAGAGAUGGAGGUGAGGGUGGUGUCUUCUCUUGAGGCCCAGGAGCUCAGCAAGACUGCAGGAAGAGUUUUAAAGACUCUAACCAUCUUACCACAGACAAGAGAAGUCUCUGAGGCUCAGCUGAGUGACCGACCACUGCUAGUGCUCUUCAGGGAGGAAAAAUCAGUCCGAGAGGCCUACAGGCUGCUGUAUUCCCUUCUGGAGUCAUCCAAGCCGGUGCCCAAACCCAGAAUAAAAUCCUCCCUUUACCCAGGCCAGCAGAACUCUCUGGUGGAGGCUCUGAGAAGAGGGACAGAAACAGGGGACAGGACGCUGACAGUUCAGUACAACACUGAGACUAAGAUGAUUCCUGAGGUAAAGCAGGUUUUAGAAAAUAGUACUCUUGAGUACAGUGAGUCAGACAGCUCUGUGGACAGUCUUGCCAGUCGGAUGAGAACGACAGAAGACGUCCGACGCAGCACCUACAGGAGGCUGGACAGCUUGGAGGAGACUAUUCGAGAGCUGGAGAACACCUUGAUAGAGAUCAGUGGCCAUCCAACUGCAGAGCAGCUCUACACUGAGACAGCCAUCAAAAGUGCUCCUGCACAGGUGACCGGUAUUCCGACCUCGGAGACCAAGAAGCCUCCAGUCCCACCCAAGCCGUCGUCUUUGAAUCCAGCAUCGAACCAGGGAGGGAAUAGCUCCAGCGUUGGUAAGAUUCUCCACUCCUCGGCUGCCUCCAAGCUGAAGCACCUGCAGCAGAACAGCACAGACAAGACUAAAAUUGGCAAAAGAGAGGACUUCUUGAAGAUCCAGGGCCAGCAGCAGCAGUGAGCGACCUGUCCGUGUCCAACAUCUUCAGUUUCCCUCCUCCUCAUGUUCACCUGGCCACAGAGCUACACACACUCACCUGCCCCCUUCACUCCAUCAACUACCUUCACUUCUCCAGUGUUCUCUACAAAAUCUUCACUGAACCCCAAUGUGUGCAUUUGUGGAUGUGUGUGAGUGUGUUUGUGGGCAAGCAUGCGUGCAUGGGCAUGUUUGACAGUAAUGGUAAGGGGAGGUGCUGCAAGGGACAGUGCCCAGCCACAACCAACCAGACUUUAAUUUUUCAUGAUUUCCCCUUUGAUCCCUGAAUACCUCAUCUCUUUACAUCCCCACCCUCCCCCUUCCUGUCUCCUGUGUCCCUGCUCCACCUGAAGGCCUUGGGGACCAACAGCACCAGUGGUAGUAUUGAGCCAUACCUCUCUGGUAUCAAAACGGGCAUUUUGUCAAGCCGAGUGCCCUCUCCUGCAGCAGCGUUUGCCCCUGGCCUAAGGAAGUACCCCCAGGAGGGGGCAAUACCCUCCCUGACAGCCUCUUCCAGUCAAGCAAAGGCCCUGCUGGCGAGCCUGUCCGCCUCCGGCCUGAGCGCCGAAGCUCUGCUCCUCUCCUCCACCCUCCGCCAUCACCGGCUUCUGCGGGAGCAGCGAGCCUCCUCCCUGCCUCUGCCCAGCAGCCAGUCCUCCUCCCCUACUCCCACUGCUACCUCCUCCUCCUCCUCUUCCUCUUCACCCACCACCCCUACUCCGUCUUUGUCCCCCUCCUCUCCUACCCCUUUGAGUCCCCUCACCCUCUCCUCUGCGGUUCUCAAACCCAGCGGUCGUAGCCUUGACAGCUCCAGCCUCAACAGCUGCAAGGAGGGUGGCAGCAAGCCUGUGUAUAAGGACCUCACCCGCGGCAACUCUCGGUGAUGAAGAGGAGGAGGAUGAGGACAUGUGGGAUUGCAUUUCAUGCACCAUCACAUCAUGAACCAUAAAGAGACUUUUUGGCUUUUUCUUCUUUUUCCUCUCUACUUUUGGCCUCACUCCAGUGUGCAGAGUCUUCAUAUUCCCAUGGCAAGAACUACCAUACUGUAAAUGGAGUCACAAUCUUCUUCUUGGACAAGUUUCCUUCUCUGAUCUGGUUCCACAGUUUCUCUGAAGUUCUCCCACACAGUCGUACCGCCAGUGUCCCGGCUAGAGAGUGCACAAACCAGCUGCCCGCUGUAAGCUGUUGUGGUCUGGAUGGAUUUACUGACAGCACCAGUCUCAUAUAUACCCUCACUCAAUGGGUUGUUAGUGGAGUAGAUAUAAUAUCUAGACUGUGACUUUUAUCAUAGAAAAUAGAAUGCAAUAAUCAAAAAGUGAGUCCUGUAGUUGUGUGUGUUCUGGAUAUUAUUGCUCUCACUUACCUGCAUCACCUAGCAGUGUGAGCCCGCUCAGAAAAAAAAAGAAAAAAUCAAAAGUAGAUCAAGGUGAUGAUUGUGGUUUCAAGCUGUUUUGUGUUUAAAGGGGAUUUGUGGCUUUUUCUUGCAUCACAUGUGUUUUAAACUCUGAACUGGUGCUAUAUUUUCCCCUCUGUUUGUACACACUGUGUGAGGAGUUUACACGGCUGUCCCCAAUCUUUGACCUGCACUUUGUUGCCAGUGCACUGUCUGCUUUGAUUUCAUCUCAUAUUAUUCAAAUAUUUAUAUACAUCCAUUCCCUUGAAAAAUAGGAAUUGAUUACAAAAAAUGUUUAAGUUUAAUUUUUCAAAAAAUAGAAAAUUACACUAUGUUCACAAAAGCACACUGUAGGGAGCAGUCUCAUUACAGCACAUCUCUAUUUAAAAUGGAAUAAAGAGGCACAGUUACACAAACAGAAGGGAAAAAUUAAAAAUUGUGUAUUAUAUACAAAUGUUGAAUUUCUGUAUGUGUGUAUGAACUAGUUAAUUAUGACAAUCAGGAUGUUUCCACAGUAGCAUCUCACAGGUUGCUCUGGCAUUUCAGCACCUGACAUCACAAACCAUCCCAAAGACUCAAGCACACACGGCGAUGAAUAAUACACACAUUCUGUCACACACACACACACACACACACACACACACACUUGGAAAGCCAAGCUGUUUGCAGAAGCACAGAUUCUGCUAUUUUUUUGUUUUGUUUUGUUUUUUCAUGAUGAUUCAUUUUCAUUCACUCACAUCUGUUGCACCACUGAAACUGCACUGGUAAAAAAAAAAAAAAAAAAAAUGCCAUAUGGACCAGAACACGAUUUCACCCCUUAAGGAAUCUGAUAGAUCAGGCGUUUUCUUUUUAGGACACUUGUUUGUUUUGAACUUCAGAGUGUUCAGCUUCCAAUUUGCAGGCCUUAUUGUAGAACUCAAUACCUUCUGUGAACAAGAAUCAAUCGCACUUCAUUGUCAAUGACUUGGUUUCAACUCUUGAAAGAUAAAGAACAUUGAUCAGCACAUAUUUAGAGACUUAGGCUGUAGCCUGACUCUUGCAGUGUGUGAGAGGAGUAUAUAUAGAAAUAUAAAUCGAGCACAGUUUCCUCUCAAACACCUGACCCUUUCCGCCAGUUCUGACUUAUUGAAUUUGGUUAAUUAUGACAAGCACAAAGCUACAAAUGUUUCCCUGAGGGGGGGAAGAAAAAACAUUCCUGCAUAUUUAAAAUUCUGGACACUGAAUUACCAACAGUGCUGUUGCCUCGUUUGGUUUUAUUACAUGCAUUUUGAAACAUGAAACAUUUAUGAAUGUUAGGCCUUUGGUGUGCCGCAGUGACAGAAGUUGAAGUUAUCAUUAUUUAAAGCACAUCAAAGGCCUGUCACUGAUUCCCUAAGUGUUAACCCUGCACAAGGAACUAUUUUGAAGCUCCCUAUCCUGUGUUGUUGCCUCAAGGCUGCCCACUGGGGAGGUGAACGGACAGUCAUAGACAAAGGGAUUUUUUUUCCCAGUUAUUCACCAGAAUGACUGCGAGAAAUCGAUUCUUUGUGGCAUCGAGAUUAAAACAUGUGCAAAGGGGCUCAUGUCAAAGAGUAGGCAGCUUGAGGAGAGGGGAUUAGUUUGGGGACAUGUGUUUGAAGGCUACUUUAAUAAGAGCGGCUUUGACUUGCCUUAUCUCCAUCAAGAGUGCUUGUGAUAUAAAAGACCCAAAGAGAUGAGAGGAAGGGUUUGACAGUCAGAGAGCCAUUGAGCGGCUGUUCUUCCCCUGCCUCUUUCACUUGUCUUUGUCUUUGGUGUGGGGUGUCUGUGACAUAAAAACCACUAAAUUGAAGUUAUGCUAGGACAAAGUUUGAUGGGCCUCAAUUAUGAACAUUGUGUGCAAUAUGUAAUUAGCACUCUUGCAAUUUUACUAAGGCAGUGCUCUUCCCCUUUGAGAAACUCCUGCAAGGACCUGUAACAGUGUUUUUUUCCCCAGUGCCUCUAAGACUUUGUUCUUGCCAGAAGUCCCCAGUUGGUCUUGUGUUACAGUAUUAUAUCAAUGACAGAAUCACACUUUACCCAAAGAAGAGGCUGCAAAAAUUGGCUUGUCCAUAUUUUUUGCAGAAAAAAAAGACACACUCUUGAAAUGCAGUGUGUGUCAGGUUGCAGAAGUGGCAUUUGACUAAACACUCCCCCAGCUCUGACAAUGUGCAAAACUGCAAGCUCACAGCACAGCGAAUUAAGCCUCACCCUGGGUGCUCUGUAGCUCUGCCAGGCAGGUUCAAGCCCUGGGUUUCAUAUUGAGUGAAGUCAAAUGAAAGAAAUUCACUUACUCAUGCUGUUCCACACUCAAAUCCAUAACUCUCCGAGUUAAAUUUGCUGCAUUUGCGUCUGGUGAGCGUUGGGGAGGAAGUAUUCACGCUUGGCUGCUUUCCCCAAGUAAAGUCUGAGAUGAAACCCUCCCAGAAUUGCGUGACAGUGCUCUCUGGAAUAAUUUUUUUUUAUUUUUUUUUUUUUAUCCCAAGACAAGUGUUCGUGGGCUGUGAUUUCAACAUGGCUGCAGGCUUAGAGGGCAUGUUGAAGACACUCACAGUGGAUGCCCCUGGCAAUCAGAAAAACUCAUGCAAACUUGAAAUCAAACAUAGGAGAACUAUACAUAUAUAAAUAUAUCUAAGUGAGAUGUUUGUGUAUGAUAUUAUAAUUGUGAAGAAAAGUGUGAUAUAUAUAUAGGCCUAGAUUAAAUUAUAUUCUGUAAAAUGUCAUCAUCUCUUCAGUUUUAUAUAUUAGUGACCAUUUUGUACAGAUUUUUUCUUUUUUAAUUCAUUGAGAGAGAUAAUAACAUUUCACACUGAGAUUAUUUAUUCAUAUGCAGAACAUUUUUAUAUUUGUUUAAAAAUAUCUGUAUAGAUAACAGUUAGCCUCUGUAAUAUACACUGAAGUUCAUUUUUGAAUUCUAGGAUUUUCUUUAUGAACACUGAUGUAACUUUGAUUUAUGAAAAGCUCGUCCCUGAAAACGCUUGUCCGGCUCGUUUGCCUCUUCAUGUGAAGGGUCACAUGGAGGUGUAAGAGGCUGGACCAGUGCCUGUGCUUAGGGGCUUAUUUUGCUACGAUCUUUUGUUUAGUUUUUUUUUUUUUUUUUUUUUUUUGGUUUUGCAAGGGGGUUAUAUUGUGUAUCUGUGGUCUGCUUUUUGGUUUCACCCCAUCCUGUGUUUUGUGGUUCAGCUGGAUAUUAGUGAUGUUGGUCAGAAAACACAGAUAUUGUAGUGAAAGAACAGUUCAUGGGCCUGAAGGCUUCACAUAGAGCCUUGCUGCUUUGACAGAAGUUAGAUGGCUUUAAUAUUUGCUCUGUGUCAUGUUUGCAUGUGAAAACAGGAACGGUAGCAAUGUGGACGCUCGGUGCAGAAGCAUUCAGAGACGACACGCUCUCAGUCGUUACAACAUGUGGAGGUACAUUUUGUUGCUUAUUAUGCUCCACUUGUGGCUUUAAGUAGCAGAGAAGCUAAACCACAAGAGUUGUUAAAAACCAACCAAGAUGGAUCAAUAAGGGAAUUAUGUGAAGUUGUAUGAAUUUAAAGUUUUAUCUUUUCCUUUGCCAUUGUAUCUUUUUUUUAUAUAAUGAACCUACAUUCUAUAGUAUGUAUAUGAGGUUUUUACAUGAAUGUGUGGAUGUUCAAAAAUCUUGGCAUCGAAAACAAAGAAAAACAAAAUUGACUUGUAAAUAGGUCGAGUCAUUCCUAGAGUUCGACGAAUUGUUAUGUCCAAAAGAAGAUGUUUUAUUAAUAAACUAUGAUGAUGGGUACAAAGGUAUAUACAAAACAAUGCAUGUAUAGUCUCAAGCAAUCGCACGGUGCAGUCGAAAAUGUUGUCUACAUGUUUUCUCGAAAAAAUGAGAACGAGGAAGAGGAAAAAGUGGUUUUGUGUUCGAGGUUUUACAAACACGAGGAAUGAGAUGUUAUUUUGGUAUCUGUGACACAGGCAUGUUCAGUCUUACUGUGAUGUUAUGUGACGAUGAGGAUGAUGAUGAUAGUGGCCGAGAGUGUUGGAUGUCUAGAGGGAUUCGGAAACGCUUGAACGCACCCCAACCAGAGAAGCCACCAGUGACGGUGAACUCUUUCCACAGAGUGAUUCUCCCAUUUGUAGAGUAGUGUGAUAUAAGAACAAAAAUAAUACAGAAAAUAGAUCUAUAAUAUAAUGAUAUAUAAAAUUUAAAAGCCUACUGAUACUGGAGAUACUAAUUUAUCAGUGUGGAUGCCAUGAUAUUCUGUGAGAAAUGUGUGUGUUUUUCCUGUGAGAAGACAGUAGGCAGUUGAACUUGCCUUCUUUUGUACAUAAUUUGCUGUGAUUGUGUGUCCAAUAAAGUGCAGCUCUCUUGUA